AUGGCCCACCUCUUGCAGCGGCGACACGCUAAACAACCGAUCGACGCCAUCAGCAUUGGGCAGCCUCCGACACCUCUCCCUCCGAGGUCUCCUGCAAGAACUGUCCCGAGCAAGAAGAUGGCGCUCCAGACUGCACCUCGCGCUCUCCUCUUCGAUGUCUUCGGAACAUGCGUCGACUGGCGAACCACUGUAACAAACGCCCUCGAUGAGCAAGCACACUACGCGCUCAACGAUGCGUCUGCGUCUCUCGCUACCCGCGUUCGGAUGCGUGCCUCAGACAUGACCAAGGACGUUUGGGGACAGUUCGCACAAGAGUGGCGCAACAUGUACAAGCGGUUCUGCUACUCCAUAGCCGAAGACCCGUCCUUGCCAUGGAAAUCAAUAGACGAACACCACCUCGAAUCGUUGAGGGAAUUACUUGCAAAGUGGCAGCUAGAGGGACUGUGGACGGACGAGCAAGUGAGAGCAUUGAGCCUCGUCUGGCACCGGCUUGAUCCAUGGCCAGACACAUCGACUGGCAUACAGUACCUGAACCAGUUGUUCUACACGGUCACUCUCAGCAACGGCAACCUGAGCUUGCUGGGAGACCUGAAGGUGCAUGCUGGAAUGGACUUCACCCACCUUUUCAGCGCCGAGCUCUUCGGAUCGUACAAGCCAUCACCAAGCGUCUACCUCGGUGCAGUCGAGAAGCUAGGCGUGAAGCCAGUCGAAUGUGCCAUGGUCGCAGCUCAUCUCAAUGACCUGAAGGCGGCCAAGGCCUGCGGCUUGCAGACAAUAUACGUCGAGAGACCACAGGAAGAGGACUGGACGGCGGAGCAGGUGGAGAAUGCUCGGAAGAAGGGAUGGGUGGACCUGUGGAUACCCGCUGGCAAGGAAGGGUUCAUUACAAUGGCAGAAGAGCUUGGUAUACAGGUCAACAGGGCGGCCAGGAGGCGCAGCGGAUCUCUCUGA